CCGUCAGACCAGGUGUUCGAACAAGCAGGAAACUCUCCCUAGCAGUUUCAAGCAUCCAGGCGUUUGGUUUCCAAAUCUUGCGGUUUGCGCUGCUGCGCAUCUGCCAGCAAAGAGCCCCUGCUAUAAAUAAUUCGCCGACUAUGCACAGCAAUCAUGGCGAUGCGAGGGAUGGCGGCUGGCGGUUGGCGAAGAACCCCUGAUGAUGGUAGCGCCAAGUUCUGACGACGCAGCCAUCCAAAACGUUAUUGGGCAGCCUGGAUCCAGCAAGGGACACGAUCGUCUUCUACGCGCCCUCACUUUGUGUCAACGUGGGCGCGGGCGCUUGUAUGUCUGACCCGGUCCAGGCUGGCGUCUGCUAUAAGGCGGGGUCGGCCGCUACCACCUGCGAGGGAGAUGGUAUACGACGAAGGGUUGACACCUGCUGCUUUGGACCCAUUGCGUAGUAUUGGUUAUUUCUUUCUUUCUUAAUUCGAACGCCUUUGCCUCUUGUUUUUUUUUUUUUGCGUUGCCCGCCGCCGUCACCCUCCCAGCUUCUCCUUUUCCUAUCCCUCUCGACUACAUCUGCUGCUCCUCUUCACAUUUCCAUGUUGGCAGGGCCUGAAUCAUCAUCAUGUCGAGCUCUCUGAACCGGAGAUGCGCGACUCUGUGUCUCUUGCUGUUAGCAUUCUUCACAUCCUCUCUAAGGGCACAGAAUACCACAGCGGCUUCGACUUUCUACCUCCCAAAAACGGAGACUCAGUUCUCAUUUAAUCUUGCAAACAACUCAAAUGAUGUUUUCAUAUAUCUCACGUCUCCGGCAUAUUCAUGGGUGGGCGUUGGGUUCGGGGAAAGCAUGAAGAAUGCUCUCAUGCUCAUCGUAUAUCCAAAUUCCAAUGGAAAUAAUGUCACUGUCAGUCCGAGGGUAUCAACUGAUAACACCGAGCCCACCUUCUCUUCCGAUGUAAAGCUAGACAUUCUUCCGGGAACUGGUAUCACGGACGAGAUGUUUGUGCUGAAAGCUCGAUGCCGAAGCUGCCGCGUGUGGCCAAACGGUUUCCUCGAUGCAGACAGCACCACGCAACCUAUGGUGUACGCCUUUGGGCCUGCGAAGAACCUCAAUUCAGAUCGUCCCGAUGCGCCUCUGAAGCGCCACUACACGUACGGAAAAUUCACCAUGAACAUGCGCGAAGCAGUCGGAACUCCCGGUGUGCCUGCCCCAUCAACAAGAUCGAGUGGCGUCAGUAGCGAAAGUCCGCUUGUAAAAGAUCACGACCGGAAGACUCUGGCGCAUGCGAUCAUAGGGUGCCUGGCUAUCUUCGUCUUAUGGCCGAUCAACAUCAUCCUCGCCGGAUUCCUCAGAAACAUCAAGAUUCAUAUUGGCUUCUCUAUUGGUAUUAUGGUUUUCAUAAUAGUAUCCUACGCUCUCGGUAUCGCAGCGAGCGGCCAAUACAACCGCUCCAAAGCCUUCAACUCCCCCCACCAAAUCUUCGCCUUUCUCGCCAUUCUUCCAAUCCUCCUCCUCUCUCUUCUCCCCAUGAAACCACUCUCCACCCUAAAACAAUGGAUCCCUCGCGCUCAUGCACCUCUCGCAACCCUGUGCCUCACCCUACUCAUCCUCACCGGCGGCCUUGGCCUCCAUCUCUCCUCAUCUUCGACUCCCAUCAUUCUCACUUACCUUGCCAUCUCUAUCCUCGUCUUCAGCUUCAUCACGCUGCUCCAACUCUGCGUCCGUCGCCGUGGUUCCGCGUACGCCCGCGCUACCACGCGGCGUCGUCUCGGCGACGAGGACGAGCAAGACUACGGCCUCGCGAAUUACUGGGCCCGUCGCAAACUCGAGGGAAGUCGCUCCCAGAGCCAGGCUAGCAGCAAUGCGACGUGGGACAGCGAGCGCCCGUGGAGCGGCGAUAGCAGAAAACAAGGAGGCGGCGCAGUGUUUGGUGGCGGCACGAUGCCAGGUCCGCAUUACAUGAUGAAUAUGCAUCCUGGUGUCCCUGUUUCCUUCAAGUAACGAAGCGUGCUGUGCUGAGCAUGAUUUGCGGCGCUUUUGAGGGCGGAUUAUGACCUUUUUUCUAUUUAUUUAAUCUGAUGAUACAGAGAACACCAACUCUUAACGACUAUGGGCUUGGAGUUUUCUUCUUCGAAUGGGAAGAUUGUUUGGGUAUGCAUGGCUACUGGGGCAUUAUGACCUUGCGCCGUCAUUUUUCGGGUUUGGGAUACCGAUCUAUUCAUGAUCUGACUUUGACAUUUUGUUUUGUUUCGUGUGUUCUUGUCUUUGGGGUUUGCUUUGUUUGAGAUACCACACUUUUCUACAUCUAUCAAGCUAUCAGCGAUACCGGGAACAUGCAUAUAGCGCGGGUAGUUAGAAGCAAUUAUGACGACCAAUAAUAGCAUAUCAUCAUCAUCAUCAUCAUCGUUCAUCUAUUCGCGACCUGAUGUCGCUUCUUUUGUUUUCAAUCAGCAAAAAAUAAAAAGGCCUCGUUUCAACAUUAUGGAUCCACCAAAUUCCUUUUUUUUUGGUUCUCGCCCUCUUCCCGAAACACCACUAAGAACCACCCUUCAUCUACAUCUCUUACUCCCAAAAGAAGAAGAAGAAGAAGAAGAAGAAGAAGAAGAAAGGUACACCUGCCCCAUUCACCCCCCUCGCAUAGGAACAAAGUAUCACAUCCGCAUCCAAGUCUCAAGAUACACACCAUGGAUCUCGAUCGCCAAGACUCAUGUUCGGUAUACUCGGUCUUGGUACCAAGGUUAGGUAUACAUGCCAAACGCCCGGAGUGGCGAACGUUGACGUGUGUUUUGGGUUUUGGAUUUGGCAUGCGCAUGGUGAAACCGGGAGCUCGAGCGAGAUGGGGUUGGGGCAAAAGCAGUGUAGAGGAUGUGAGAAUCCGA